AUGGCGACCACCGUGGAUCAGAAGCUUUUGAAAGCGACAAAGUUUCCUCCAGAGUUCAAUCAGAAGGUGGACAUGCAGAAGGUUAACCUCGAGGUUAUGAGAAAAUGGAUCGCAGGCAAGAUUUCGGAUAUCCUUGGAAACGAAGAUGAUGUGGUUAUAGAGCUAUGCUUCAACUUGAUUGAAGGGUCUCGUUAUCCCGAAAUUAAGAAACUACAAAUCCAACUGACAGGCUUCCUGGAAAAAGAUACUCCCGCCUUCUGUAAAGAGUUAUGGAAGCUAUGUCUAAGUGCACAGAAUAGCCCUCAAGGUGUUCCAAAGGAGCUACUCGAGGCCAAGAAGCUGGAGCUCAUCCAGGAAAAGAAAUACACCAGGUCGAAGCUGAGAAAGCUGCUGAAGAAUCAAGACGGAGGCGCGAAAUCGAUAGCCAACGUGAGCGAGACAUGGACUCAAUCCGAAACCGUGAACGAGAUGAGCGUGGAAGGGGCGGGUAUGGGAUGCGUAACGACAAUUGGCGCCGCGGGCGCGGAGAUCGUGACUUUGGACGUGGUGGAGACAAUAAUCGAGGAGGACAUCGAAGGUCUCGCUCACCUGGUCAAUGGCGCGCCCCACCCAGAGACACAGACUCAUACGUUCCACGAGGAGGCGGUCGGAGGAGGGACGAUAACUGGCGAAGGUCCCCAUCACCGGCAUUGGACAAACGACCCGUAUCUGCGUCACCUUCCCGCUCCCCUCCCCGCCGACGUCGGCACUCAACAAGCCCAUCCGCCUCCCCGCCUCGUCGCCGAAACCGCUCAAUAA